AUGGAGUCUUAUGGUUCGGACACCGAAUGUUCAUCCAGCAAGAAGAGAAAGGAGACCACCACAAAGGUCUAUCGUGGGGCUCGGAUGAGGAGCUGGGGGAAAUGGGUCUCAGAAAUUAGGGAGCCUCGGAAGAAAUCAAGAAUCUGGCUCGGGACUUUCCCGACCGCGGAGAUGGCAGCGCGUGCGCACGAUGUUGCCGCAUUGAGCAUCAAAGGAAGCUCCGCAAUCCUCAACUUCCCUGAGCUCUCGGAUUUUCUGCCACGGCCAGACUCGCUUAGCCCGCGUGACAUCCAGGCCGCAGCCGCCAAAGCCGCUCUUAUGGAUUUUAAAACACCACCGUCCCUUACGAGCAGUGAGACUGAGAUGAAUGAAAAGGCAUCGUCCUCGUCCUCUACGCUCUCGGAAGAGCUAGGAGAGAUCGUGGAGUUGCCGAAUCUUGACAAUGAGUCGAAUAACGAUUUCGCGUUGUUCGAAUCAUUGGAGGGGCAAGUAUUUAUGCCCCCAUGGUCAGAUGCUACCGAAGAAGAUUUUACGUAUGGAGAUGAUUCAGUACUUUUGGACCCACUUUUCCAAGAAAGCUUGUUAUGGAAUUAUUAG